GUUUUGGGUUGGACCCCGUCUGAUCCAAAUGUGAUUUGGAACCGGACCAGUCUAAACUUAACUCCGAAACCCCUCUCCCUCUCUCUCUCUCUCUCGAUGGUUUGCUUUCCCUCUUCUAAUUCUCUGUCUCUGUGAUCUUGGAUAUAAUUUCUGAUAGGAAAACGAAGGUUAGAAAGGGAUCGACAAACGAGUUAAUUGAAGAAAGAGUUCUAUCCGCGUCUCCUUUUGUUUCAUUGCAACUCGAGUUCGCAAAAUCAAGAUAACUGACAGACUACUAACGGCAGGGACUAAACUAGGAAGUUUUGGGAGUUCAGGUACUGGAUUGGCAUGUGUUGGAAUUCAGGUACCAAAGCGAGACUAGGCCCAAAGUACAGAUUUCAAUGGAGAAGCUUGAGGUGGAGAAACAUGCUCAAUACAUUUUAUCAGUUGAAAAGAGAAAGGAUGAUUUUGAAUCUGUGGUGAUGGAACAUCUAAGGAUGAAUGGUGCAUAUUGGGGAUUGACCACUCUAGAUCUCCUGGGAAAGCUUGAAAUUGUGGAUAAAGAUGAAGUUGUUUCAUGGGUCAUGAGCUGCCAACAUGAAUCUGGAGGCUUUGGUGGUAAUGUUGGGCAUGAUCCACACAUACUGUAUACCCUUAGUGCUGUGCAAGUUUUGGCUCUUUUUGACAAAUUAGAUGUUCUUGAUAUCGAUAAGUUGUCUAAUUAUAUUGCUAGUCUGCAGAAUGAAGAUGGAUCAUUUUCGGGGGACAUGUGGGGUGAAGUUGAUACAAGAUUCUCUUAUAUUGCAAUAUGUUGUCUCUCGUUAUUACAUCGGUUAGAUAAAAUCAAUGUGGAAAAAGCUGUUAACUAUGUUGUGAGCUGCAAAAAUUUGGAUGGUGGAUUUGGAAGCAUACCCGGUGGGGAGUCUCAUGCAGGGCAAAUAUUCUGCUGUGUGGGUGCCCUUGCUAUAACAGGGUCUCUACACCAUGUUGACAAGGACCUUCUUGGGUGGUGGUUAUGCGAGCGGCAAGUUAAAUCUGGAGGGCUAAAUGGGCGUCCUGAGAAGCUUCCUGAUGUUUGCUACUCCUGGUGGGUUCUUUCUAGCUUGAUCAUGAUUGACAGAGUACAUUGGAUUGACAAGGAAAAGCUUGCAAGAUUUAUACUGGACUGCCAGGACAAGGAAAACGGAGGAAUUUCAGAUCGGCCAGAUGAUGCUGUUGAUGUUUUCCAUACAUAUUUUGGAGUCGCUGGACUUUCACUUCUAGAAUAUCCAGGAUUAAAAGCCAUAGAUCCAGCCUAUGCUUUGCCCGUUCAUGUUGUAAAUAGGAUUUUCUUUGGCCAGAUGAAAACUUGUCCGACACAACAGUCAAGUCCUCGUUUACAGCAUUGAGUUGUUAUACAUAUCAUUUGUUCAGUAUGAACUGAGGGAAAGCCACAACUGAGCACAUUGGCUCUACAAUUUGGCAAUGGAUGAAUUGAGCUUGUAUGACACUAAAAUGGCAUUAGCUCAUUUCCCAAGUUGAAUAGGGAUAUUACAAGUUGAGUUGAUGUUGUUCACUUGUUUGUGGUAUAAAUUAAAUUAUGUUUGGGGAUGUAUAAGUUAUAACAGCUGUCCAAUUGGAUAUAUAGCUUGCAUUAGUUAGGCCACUUGUCUUAAGUCGGUUAAUGUAUCUAUAUAUACAGCUCUGUUUUGAAAUACAAUCUUUUCCUUUUUUCAUUUGCAC